AUGGAUAUUGGACAUUUAGUGUCUUUGGUUAUUUUAUUGUCACUUAUUUUCGAAAAUGCUUCGCAAGUAGACGGAUAUGCAACACUAUUCGUAAAGUUUGUUAACAUUACAGUGAGUUCGUCAAGUGGACAUUGCAACUCUUUCUCAAGACCAGAUUACUGUGAUUUGUACUUUAAAAUUUGCAUAGGUGAUCAAAAUUUGAGGGGGUGCAACAUUUUAGAUAUGAGAACACCGAAAUCUUCUUUAAUGAACCAGAAUUCUAUAUCUUUUGGUGACUUAAUAGACUAUAUACCAAACCCACUGUCCAGAAUAAUAGACAAACUUCCGUCUAGAUUGUACUUGAAGAUCGAAGUUUGGGAUGCAGAUUAUUCUUUUUCCGAUUUAGAUGACCACUUGACAACAUUUGAGGAUAAUGCAUACAUGUACACUGUGUAUCCAUUUGAAACUAGUGGUUCAUCACUCCUUUCUUCAUACCGUUAUCAUAAAAUAUCUCGAAAUAUAACGCAAGAUUACAUAAAUAUGUAUGUAGCAGUUUGGGCUGUUUGUAAUCGUGGCAGCUAUGGAAGUGACUGUAGCGUCAACUGCGUCCCACAAAAAAGAGUACGGCACUAUGGUUGUGAUAUUUCAACAGGUGCGAAGGUGUGUAUUCCUGGGUGGUUUGGUGAUGAAUGUAACAGAGUUGAUCACUGUGGUAUAUUAACACCAUGUGGCCCCAUGGGAACGUGUACUAAUACUCAUGUUGGAUACACUUGCUCCUGUAAACAUAAUUUCACAGGACCACAUUGUUCAGAACCCCCGAAUCAAUGCAGUCCAUUACAAGAUUUUUGUCAAAAUGGAUUUUGCUUACUAAAGUAUCUUGAUGAAGGAAACAGGAGUUUAUCCAAUCCAAUUCCAUACUGUGCUUGUAUACCUGGGUUUACAGGCAAAUGGUGUGAACUGGAUAUAGAUGAGUGUUCAAUGAAACCGAAUAAUAAUGGUAGUAACAAAAGUAUUAAUAUCAACCACCAUAUAACAUCAUCUUGUAAUGUAAAUUCAAUGUGCGAAAAUCUCUAUGGAAAUUUUCGUUGUUUUUGUCAAAAUCAGUGGACUGGUCUACGUUGUAACACACCUCCAACUUUAUGGCCUGAUCAUUAUAAACCCAUGGUUAAUUCAAAUGGUUUACCUGACUUUAUAAAUUUUAAAAGAGUAAAUUUAUCAACCGUCUCAUUAGAAAACAACAAUGAUGACGUAAUAGUAAUAGAAAAAGCAAAUAACAGUUGGAUAUAUGUGCUUAUCAGCGUAUUUAUUGUUCUGUGUCUUAUUUCAUGUGGAAUAUUAUAUUAUAUGUGUUGGAGACAAAAACGUUUAUGUGGUUUCUAUAGAAUGGGUUGGAAUCGUGAACCUAUAAUUUCCAAAGUACUAUUUACUACAAAAUCAACCACUUCAAAUUUAAGUAAAGAACCAACUAUUCUAUGUAAUCAAACUCCACCAACACCACAAAGAUCUAUCACUAAACUAACAUUUAUACCCAGAUACAAUAUCCCAAUACAAUCUGAAAAAUAUCAAUCAACAAUUUAUGAUGAAAUACCUGAUUGUUUUUUACAAGAAAAAACACAAUUAACUACUAAUAUCCCAAUAAGUAAAUCUCAAUUAUCUAUAUAUGAACCAUAUAGUCAAUUAGAAUAUGAUACAUUAGAUAUGACAAUAGAAACAAAAUAUACAAAUCAUCAUGAAAUAAUCAAUAAUAAUGAUUAUACUGAUAAUCAAAUUCAUAAAAUUACUUAUCAAAAUUCAAAAAAUUUAAAACAAGAACAAGAAUUAAUUAUAACAAAUUGUAUGUAUCUUGAACCAAAACAACAUCCUUUUUAA